UACGCCAUCGCCCUGGCCCGGCGCCACGUGACACGGUGGGGCCCCAAACCCACCCUGGGGGGCCCCAAAACCCACCCCCACGCACCUCAAAUCGUGGUGGCCGAGUACGCCAUCGCCCUGGCCCGGCGCCACAUGACACGGUCCAUCUACACGUCCCCCAUCAAGGCCCUCUCCAACCAGAAGUUCCGGGAUUUCCGGGAGACCUUCGGGGACGUGGGGCUGCUGACGGGGGACGUGCAGCUGCGCCCCGAGGCCGCCUGCCUGGUCAUGACCACCGAGAUCCUGCGGUCGAUGCUGUACAACGGCUCCGACGCCAUCCGGGACCUGGAGUGGGUGAUCUUUGAUGAAGUGCACUACGUCAACGAUGACGAGCGGGGGGUGGUGUGGGAGGAGGUGCUGAUCCUGCUCCCCGAGCACGUGAAGCUGGUGCUGCUCAGUGCCACCGUCCCCAACGCCCUCGAGUUCGCCCAGUGGGUCGGGCGUACCAAGCGCCGCUGUGUGCGGGUGCUCUCCACCCCGCGGCGCCCGGUGCCACUGGAGCAUUUCCUGUUCACCGGGAACAGCUCCCGGACACGGCACCAGCUCUUCCCGCUGCUGGGCCCGGGGGGGGCCUUCAGCACCCAGGGCUCACCUCUCACCUGUCCCGUAGCUCACCUCUCACCUGAGCGAGGGGUCUGGCUGUCCCUGCUGGAGACGCUGCGGGAGCGGGAGCUGCUGCCCGCGGUGACGUUCACCUUCUCGCGGGGCCGCUGCGAGGACCAGGCGGCCGCCCUGGGCUCCCUGGACCUGCUGAGCGGGGCCGAGCGCGGCAGCGUCCGGCAGUUCCUGACGCGCUGCCUGGCCCGGCUGCGGGGCUCCGACCGCCGCCUGCCUCAGGUGUUGCAGCUGUCGGAGCUGCUGCAGCGCGGGAUCGGGGUGCACCACGGCGGGGUCCUGCCCCUGCUCAAGGAGGUCGUGGAGAUGCUCUUCAGCCAGGGGCUGGUCAAGGUGCUGUUUGCCACCGAGACCUUCGCCAUGGGGGUGAACAUGCCGGCGCGAACCGUCGUCUUCGAUUCCAUCCGCAAACACGACGGGAACAGCUUCCGCGAUCUCCUGCCCGGUGCGGGGCCGGGGGGCGGCUGCGGGGUCACCGGGGAUGGCCGGGGGGCACCU